AUGGAGAAUAAAUUUCAAAUUCUCAUUUUAAUUUUUGUUAUAAUUAGUUAUGUACAAUGUGGAGGUAGCACUCCCAAAAUGAUAGAAAUAACUCCAACUGUUGAAGUUACAGAACCACCUGCUACAGAAGCAACAUUUUUGAGACAAGUGUAUAAUGCAUUCUCCACAGCUUUGGUGUUGAAAGUGGAGGAAUAUACCGCAAAGCUUCUGGGCACCAGUGCUGUAGCCAAACUUAUACACUCACUUUUAUUUAAAAAUUAA